AUGUUUCAUCCUAGACCAUUUGUAUAUUCAUUCCAGGACCCAUUGGCAGAUAUGGAGGCAGGAUGCAGUUCAUGGUUUGAUAGAUCCGAGGACAAUGUUUCAACAACAUGGAAGAUCAUCUGUUUACCCAAUAGGUCAUGCAGGUUUGCAAGGUUGAGUAUCAGGAAUAAUGGAUCAAAUGAACCGGACUACCCCAGCUGGAAAGGAAAGAUAGAGAUCCGAGAACCUCUCAUCCUAGGCGAUUCGUAUAUCUAUCCCAGGAGCGAUUGGCAGAAUUGGGGGCAGGCUGAUAGUCCUGAGGACGGUAUUUCAGAAAGUGAUGUUCAGCAACACGGAAGUAGAAGAAGCUCAAGUCUAUCAAACAGGAGAAGCAAGAGGCAAAUUCUAUGUGAGUUCAAGUGUCGCGACAACGGCAUAGAACAUACAAAUGAAGAUCCAGCUCAAACCAGUGCUAAUCAUCACCAAUAGCAAGCUCUACCACCUACAAGAUUUCAGACGUACCAGGCAGCUGGAGAGGGAAACAAUUCGCAGCUAAAUCCGCUUCCUUGCAGAAAGUAAUCAGCCAAGAAUUAAGCUAUUCUGAAUAUAGACGCAGAUCAUAAUUUAUCAGCCCUUCUGUUAGUAGUUCAUCAUUAACAAAAUCUAUAGAUGAUGGUGCUCGCAGUAUUAGAUCGCCAAACUCCUUAAAUACACAGCAGUGGAGCAUUUCUCAUCAUUCCUCUUGUACAUAAAAUUGAAAAUAACAAAAAGCCAUUAUAUUUAAGAAAUAAACUUCGCUUAAUAUAAUUUCAUCCACUAGAGUUAUCAGAUCUCCGCAUUUAUUCAUCAUGCCACACCACAGGACGGCUUUAUUUAACCGAUCUCUCACAUUUAACGCACUUACACUGUACAACUCAAUUCCAGAAAGCAAAAAGCCAUUGUCUAUAAAUG